AUGGCAGUGAUAAAGGUUUGUCGGUUCACAAGUUACCAGGCAGAGGAAGUAGCACACGAAGGUUAUCCCCCUGAGGAAAUACCACAUGAAGAUUGGCAAGCAGUCAACUAUCAACAUUCAUUAGGUGAUGGCUCCAACAAGAAUAUGGAGGACAUGAUCCGCGAGCUCUCCACAGCCCUCUCUGGUGUCAAACACGAGCAAGACUACAUGGAGGUCCGCGAGCGCAUUCACCGCUCCAUCAACGACAACACAAACUCCCGCGUCGUCCUGUGGUCCGUUUUCGAGGCCCUGGUACUGGUGGCCAUGACCAUUGGCCAAGUGUACUACCUCAAACAGUUCUUUGAGGUCCGGAGGGUGGUGUAGAUCUGUAUUUCUUAUUUUCUUAUCUUCGUUGCAUCAAAGGAAGUGUUCUUUGCUUUCUCUCUGUUUUUCGCCGGAAGAAAUCAAACUGUUUCAAAGUUGUUGUUUUUUCUUCUGGUGGUGUUAUUUAUGUAUGUGUCACUAGAAUGAUGUGAUUACUUUACACUUCCCUUUUUUUUUUUUUCCUCUUUGUGAGUGGGGUUUGCCUACUUGUAAACUCUUUGUUGUCUUAGUUUUCUUCUUUUCCAAUGUUACAAAAUCGAGGACAAACAAUUGCGUGUUUUUGUAAUUUAUCAAAAAAACUGUAGUGUGGUAUUUGGUAAUGUUCCAUAAAGCAACAAAUUACAGUCUAGUAACUUCAAAAUAGUUAUUAUGAAAUCACUUAUGUUAUUGACCUUAAACAUGAGCUAAAAAGAGUGAGAGAAACAAAAAUCUUAAUGCAGUGUUUCCAAACUGCAUUUGCACAGAAUGUUUUUAUUAUUGACUUAAGGGGCAGUCAACUUGUUUUAGAUCAAGUUAUUAGACAAAUUGAUAAUACAGAUAUGAGUUUCGUAGGUGUUUUGCCACAAUCUUUUUCAUUUUUUUCACAAAUUUAAGGAGUAGAUGUUUAUUUUUUGUUUUGUGAGGUUAUAUUUGCUUCGCUUAUGUGUUAUUCUCAUGCAGUGGCAUAGAUGUAAAUUUUUAUGUGACUAAUUUUUAUGGAAAAAAAUAAAUAAAUAUUGUUA